CCGAACCCGGGCGGCGGCGCUUCCUGCUGCUGGGCGAAGCCGGAGAGAGGGCGGCUGCUGCUGCUGCGACUUGACAAGGCGACCCGCAGGCGACUCGCCGCCGCCGCCGCCAUGGACAGCCAGGGCCGCCGCGUGGUGGUUUGUGACAACGGUACCGGGUUUGUAAAAUGUGGCUUUGCUGGGUCAAACUUCCCGGAGCACAUCUUCCCAGCUCUGGUGGGCCGGCCUAUCAUCCGCUCCACCGCCAAAGUUGGCAACAUUGAGAUCAAGGACCUCAUGGUGGGGGAUGAAGCCAGCGAGUUGCGCUCCAUGCUGGAGGUGAACUACCCCAUGGAGAACGGGAUUGUGCGCAACUGGGACGACAUGAAGUACUUGUGGGACUACACCUUUGGGCCCGAGAAGCUCAAUGUCGAUCCCCGCAACUGCAAGAUCCUGCUUACCGAGCCCCCCAUGAACCCCACCAAGAACCGGGAGAAGAUCAUUGAGGUGAUGUUUGAGACAUACCAGUUUGAGGGAGUCUAUAUUGCUAUCCAGGCAGUGCUGACCCUCUACGCCCAAGGCCUUCUCACAGGUGUGGUAGUGGACUCUGGGGACGGUGUCACCCACAUCUGCCCAGUCUACGAGGGCUUCUCAUUGCCCCACCUCACCCGUCGGCUGGACAUAGCGGGGCGUGACAUUACACGCUACCUCAUCAAGCUCUUGUUGCUGCGUGGAUAUGCUUUUAACCACUCGGCUGACUUUGAGACAGUCAGGAUGAUGAAGGAGAAGCUGUGCUACGUCGGCUACAACAUUGAGCAGGAGCAAAAGCUAGCUCAAGAGACGACUGUACUCGUGGAGUCCUAUACGCUUCCGGAUGGACGGGUGAUCAAAGUAGGGGGCGAGCGCUUUGAGGCCCCCGAGGCCCUGUUCCAGCCCCAUCUCAUCAACGUGGAAGGCGUUGGGGUGGCUGAGCUCCUCUUCAACACCAUCCAGGCAGCGGAUAUCGACACCCGGGCUGAGUUUUACAAACACAUUGUGCUUUCCGGGGGUUCCACCAUGUAUCCAGGACUGCCUUCCCGCCUGGAGCGUGAGAUCAAACAGCUGUACCUGGAACGGGUGCUGAAGGGGGAUGUGGAAAAGUUAUCGAAAUUCAAGAUUCGCAUUGAGGACCCUCCCCGCCGGAAGCACAUGGUCUUCUUGGGAGGGGCAGUGCUUGCAGACAUAAUGAAAGACAAGGAUACAUUUUGGCUGCAACGGUCUGAGUAUCUCGAGAAGGGGGUCCGCAUCUUGGAGAAGUUGGGGGUGACUGUGCGAUAGGACCACCCCUCUUUCCAUUCCCCUUGCCCUGAUGCAUUCCAGAUCAAUUUCUUAUUCUGUUGA